AUGGUUCCAACAGACAAUGGUGACAACAACUACUUCGCAUGCCCAAGCUCCACUGACUACGUCAUCACGUUUUGUCCUUCCUUCACUCCUAUCCCCACCAGACGCAAGAGCCAAGUGAUCGAUCCUUUAACAAAUAAAACAAAAAAUGAAACUCUUGAGUCCUCCAAGGAAACUACAACAAGAGCAAAACAUAAUUCUCAAUUGAAGUUAAAAGUCAUACUCGGAGUCUCAACAGCUUUUGUUGUGAUGAUCAUUAUUGUUGUGAUUGCGGUAGCGAUGAGAGCAAAGAAUGCGAAAAGAAAGAGUGAUUGGAACGGAAAGAACAUUGAAGCAGUUUUAAUGAAAUUGUUACCCGAUGGAAGUGGUCGAGAUGUUGCAGUGAAGAUCUUGAAGGAGUUAAAAGGAAAUGGAGAAGAAUUCAUCAAUGAAGUAGCUAGCAUGAGUAGAACAUCUCAUGUUAAUAUCGUUUCUCUUCUUGGAUUUUGCCAUGAAGGAAGCAAAAGAGCUAUAAUCUAUGAGUUUAUGUUGAAUGGAUCACUUGACAAAUUUAUUUCCGAGAAUAUGUCAACAAAGAUGGAAUGGAAUGCUUUAUACAACAUUGCGGAAGGUGUUGCUCGCGGACUAGAGUACUUGCACAACCGUUGUGUAUCGAGAAUUGUGCAUUUUGAUUUAAAGCCACAAAACAUACUUAUGGACGAAGAUUUCAGAUUUCGGUCGUGCUAA